AUGGAGACAGCUGGAGGCUGUAGCAAGCCGCAUGCCAGAGUGAGUCCCAGUCCCCUGACGCACCUGCGAGAGGUAGAACUCCGUGUGGCAAAGCCACGCUUGUUACGAGCACGCCACCGGGCGUCGCUGGCAAGACUCUUCAGCAGCUUGCGGGAAGCUGUUUUAUCCCAGUCGCACAACUCAUCCUCAAAGUAUCAGGUUUUGCAUAAGGCUGAGAAAUCUAUCCCAAAGCUGGAGCGAACCUUGGGUUCUUUGCUGAAGAUGAAAGAGUCCUUCAGUCUGGAGGAUGGGAUCCCGUCUGGCUUGGAGGAAGUCAGGGAGGACUACGUCAAGAGGCACUUCAGCGAUCAUAGCACUGCAUCAGCCUUGGAAGCAGUGAGUGAGAGUGACUCUACCGUCUGGUAUUUGAUUCAAUGUGAAAACCAAACAAUGGAAGAGGAUGGGAAGCCAGAAUUUAUCCAGUCUCCAGACACUUCAUCCCCAGAUCUGGUGGAAUUUGAACGAUACCUGUAUUUUUAUAAGCACACAGUGGACCUGCUGAUAGAGCAUGAAAUUGUUUGUAGUGAGGAGGUGCCUCUUCCUGAGGUCUCCACAGCUGUUUCCCACCUCUGGCAAGAGCUUUCUGAAGAAAGGAGAGACAGCAUCUUGCAGUACUGUAGCCAGAGAGAUUUCCUCGAGGAUCCUAAGGCUGCUUGCCAAGAGCCUGCGUGCACUGAAGGUAGUGUGAGGGACAGCCGAGGUAACAGUGAGGAAGCCAGUGGUUCCUCAGUCUCCACACCAGAGGAAGUAAUGUUUGAAGAUGCGUUUGAUGUUGCUGCUGGUUUUCUUAACAGAAGUGAGACUCAGGGAAUGUCUAUUCGAAGUUCAGCAUUUGCAAGCUGCGCUUCUGAAAAUCCAGAGGACCACCACAGACUCUAUCUGCAGAUCACUGACUUCCUAAAAAGCCUCUUCUUCGCUAAUACACAGUUUUGCCAGGAAGAAGAUCUUGCGUUCGAUUAUGAGACUGUGAUGCUGAGGUGCACCGAGACCUUCGAUGAUGAAGAUUUCUAAACAGUAUCUCUGCUCGUUAAUGUUUUGCCAAGCCUUGCCGGACGCACCAGGCACUUGAAGAGACUGCACCUCUUUCAGUGAAGCACCUCUCUCAGCAGAGUGUGGAG